GUAAUAACUCCAAAAUCGAAAAUGUAGGUGAUAAAACCUGUUGCAUCUUUCCAAAAUUUCCGUAAUCACAAGCUGCAAACUCAAAAUUGAAUAUUUUUGUACACAAUACAUCCUUUAACACUUUAUUUAACGUUUAUUACAUGGUCGUAGUCGCGUUGUACUGAUAAUAUGUUGGGCAAGGACGUUUAUCAGUAUCCAUUUACUAUCCUUUACUUUCAUAAUAUUCUCUCUCUGAAUUUGAAUGGAAGCUAUGAAUGAACAUAUGCUACACACAAUACAUAACCCUAAAAUGAAUGCAGGUCAAAAUACAGACGAAGCUCUGAUUUCAGAGUUUAUGAAGCUUGGAUGUAAGUCGAAAAAGGAGGCUGCACAAGUGCUGCAAAUAUACUAUGAAUUGUCUGAAGUGAGAAGGUAUUGGGAAGUGGAGUACUUCUUUGAUAUCAAAACCGAAAAGAUGUACCUUACUGCAAAAAGAAAAAGGGCAGCUGCUCCAACAAUAUUUCUACCAGUUCCUACCACUGAGAAGCUAUCUCUUAUAGAAUUACAAAAUUUUAUGGAUUCAGUGGCAUCAGACUCGAGGAGUGUUUGUCUUGUAAUGAUAAAUUCUGAUAGUACAACAAUUUUUUAUGAAUUGAGUGAAGGAUUGAAUCUCCCGCAAGAGAGUUCCAGAAAAGUGCAAGAGAAUCAUGGAGAGGCAAUCGAUAAAGUUUUGAGAAAACAUCAUAAUGAAAUUAGUCAAUCUGCACUCCUUGGACUUACACUUAAAUUGCCACAGCAAAAUAAAUCUUAACGUUGUGUCUGUUGUUUUUAAAUGUCUUGUUGGUACAUAAAUAUAAGUUUUUAAAUUUGUUAAUUGUAAUAAAUUAUUUUAUUUUA